AUUCACCUUGAAUUCAAUUUUACAUUUUCAAACUUAAUUGUGUUUUCUUAUUUUCGUUCCCUUAUAUUCGAUAGACCCCUCAUCAAAGCAUUAUUUGCCAAACUAUUCAUUUGAAUGAAGAUUUAAAUUUUAAACUUUACUAUAUAAUAUAUAAAUCUAUUUUAUAAGCAUCAGUCUCAUGUCCACCACUACACAUAACAAAGAUGCUGAUGUAUUCCUAUCUCCUCAGGACGGAGUAGAUACCAACAACAAGAUGUUUACUAUAUCCGAUAGUCUGUCAUCAACAUCAUCAGAAUAUUCCCAAAGAGCUCAAGAUCAAACACCACGUCGUGCCCACACCCUCCCCAACAUACGCCACAAUUACCACCAUCAACACCACAACCUUGACUUUUACCAUGGCGAUGAGCAACCCCAGUUUGUUAGAGAUACUAUUAAAAUCGAAGAUCCCAAGAAUCAUCGGUUUGUUAAAAAGACAUUGAAUGAAUUAUCCUUUAGUCCUGUGUGUUGUCACAACUCAACCAGUAUGAACAAUUCAAUAAUAUCGACUGCUUCUACAUCCAGUGAUAUAUUUGAAAGAUCUUUAGAAACUAAUAACAACCCCCGCACAUUUAUUACCAAUCCGGAAACACCAUUACACUACAAUUUAGAAAACUUCACCAGUCCAAUAUUGGAUACAACAACAGAAAUAUUAACCAACCCAAAGAUAAAACUUGAAGAAGUUCAAUUAAACUGCUUCUGUGAUGACGAAGACUUGAUUGAAGUUGAUCAAGAUGCAACUGAAGUGGAUACUGAACAAGACACCUAUGAGCUUCCACUACCCCCACAAUCGUUCCGGAUGCUGAAUGCUAGUAGUUGCAGCAGCGAUACCAAUUUAACUCCCACCACUUCAAGCUUAAGAUCAAUGCCAACUGCCACCAUUGAAACUACCAUGAGCAGUAAUGAAACACCAGUGAGACCUAGAGCCAGAAGUAUAAUUUCUCAAACAUUAAUAUCUACUUUGGAUAAUUCCAAAGGAAGAAUGACGAAAUCUGCUUCAACUAUUCAACCUAGCUAUUCUACUAUGAGUCGCCACCAUAAUCAUUCGAUAAUACCAAAGUUAAAUAGAAGACUGCUUAGCUUUGCUGGCUCUACAAAACAUACUCGUCUGCGAGUAAAAGAUGAUCCAAAUGCUCCUACAAUAGAGUUUUACUCAUUUGCAGAUAUGAUCAAUCAUGAAGAUUUGUAUUUUCCAGAAGAAGAAGAGCAAGAGUUUGAUAUUGAAUCAUCAUCACCUACUUUCAGAAGAGCAAAUACUGCCACUAAUGGCUUCCGUUCAGAUGGUGCGUUGAUGGAAAUGCCAUUUAGAAGAAGUAGCUAUACUACCAUAUCUGCAAAGGAUUAUAUUGGUGUUCUAUAGAUCUUUUUUUCAUUGUAAGGUAGUAACCCUAAAUGAAAAAUUGCCUUUCCUGUUUAGUUUAGUCUGUUUUAUAUUUAUUUAAAGCUUA